CAGUAGGAAGAGGAAGAAGUGGAGGUGGUAAGGGACAGUAAGCACUCGAGGGGAAAAGAGAGAAAAGCAUGGAACUGUGACUGACUUGUUCCAGUUCAUGGAGUUUACUAGGACACAGAAUCCGGGAAAAGAGGGAGGGUGCUGCAAAUCUGCUUAUCACAAGGAAAGCAGAACAAGAGCAGGCAAUAAGAGCGGAGCUUCAGAAGGUUAACUUGGCUGAAGCAGUGAAUGUGAAGUCUGUGAAUCUGGAGGAAGGGAUUUCCAUUUUAAUGCAAGUUGUAUGAACGGUAGCUAUACUAUGUGUGGUUUUGUAAUGCAGAAAUGAAUGCUUGUGUGGCUGAAUUGUUGCUACUUUGCAAAAAUUUGACUGAAUUUGAAUUAAUUACUAGUGAUUAUUAGGAUUUUCACAUUGUGGGUCAUUUUGUAUAAUAUUUAAUUUUUAUCUCGUUUUGGCAGCUGGCCUGCCUGGAUUGAAUAUACACUCUGAUUAUAACAAAUUAAAACCACAACAAGUACAUAUAAGAAAGUAUUAGUUUGCUAAGCACCUGUCGAGUACCUGUUAUAAAGCAGCAACACACUACCUAACCCAUAAGUUCAGUUAAAGGUGUAUUUUCUAAUAUAAAUUACUUAAUUCUGACUUUACAUAUAAUUCCAAAAUCUAAAUAUUUUAAACGUAGGGAUACACAUAAACAUAACUGCUACUAAUGUUAUUGUAGGUAAAUGCUGAAAAAUACCUGAUAUUGUAAACCCAAAGUAACAUACUAUGAAUAAGUAAAUUACUUUUAUGCACCAUUAUUAUGUUACUGCUUGAAGAAGAAUGCUUUUAUAGUGUAUGAGAAAAGUUUAAGUGCUUAUUUAACCAAAUUUUGAAAAUCUAGAAAUCAAACAUUACCCAUACACUUAACUAGGAUAGCAGGGUCUCCCCUGAAACAUAUUGUUUUUGCACUUUAAUCAAAGCACUAUUUCAGUCAGUCUGUGUAUGUGUGGAGAGCAUUUGAUAUCAUGAGCAAGAGGCGCCGCUUAUUUCCAGGAACAUGGAGAAGGAAGAAGGGGCUUUAUUUAACGAUGGGGGUGGUAGGCUUGGUGUUCCUUGGUUUCUUGCUUAUGGGUGGAGGGGAGCCAGAUAGUGGCAAAAACUUAGUAGAUGAAGUUGAGGCAGUUGAGCAUCUUGAACCCAGGGAUGUAGAUGACCCUGGGGAGGAUGCAGAGGAUUAUGAACAGCUGAGGAAGCCUGUAUAUGAGAAGCCACCAUUGGAUCCCAAUGUUCUUGGAGAGUUUGGGCGUGCUGUGAGACUCAACUUGAGUGGGAAGGAGAAAGAACUGGAGAAUGAAAGCAUACAUAAACAUCAGAUAAAUAUCUACCUCAGUGAUAAAAUCUCCCUUCACCGCAGGCUCGAGGAAAGAUGGAAUCCAAUGUGUAAAACCGUGAAAUAUAAGUACCGCAGGUUGCCGAAAACCUCUGUUAUCAUUGCAUUUUACAAUGAGGCCUGGUCAACCCUCUUAAGAACAGUCCAUAGUGUUCUGGAAACUUCUCCAGACUUACUUCUGGAAGAGAUAAUACUGGUAGAUGAUUAUAGUGACAGAGAGCACCUGAAAGAACCUUUGGAAAAAUACAUUUCCAGCUGGAGGAAGGUGCGCCUAAUCCGAGCCAAUAAAAGAGAAGGUUUAGUACGGGCUCGUCUUUUGGGUGCAUCCAUUGCCAAAGCUGAAGUUUUGACCUUUCUUGAUUGUCAUUGUGAAUGCCAUGAAGGUUGGCUUGAGCCAUUAUUGGAGAGGAUCCGUGAAAAAGAAAGCGCUGUUAUUUGUCCAGUGAUUGAUGUUAUUGACUGGAACACAUUUGAGUACUUAGGAAAUGCAGGUGAACCUCAGAUUGGUGGUUUUGAUUGGAGGAUGGUAUUCACUUGGCAUACUGUUCCAGAGACAGAGCAGAAAAAGAGACGUUCCCCUAUUGAUGUGAUAAGUUCUCCAACAAUGGCUGGUGGACUCUUUUCUGUCAGCAAGAAGUACUUUGAACACUUGGGUUCAUAUGACACUGGAAUGGAAGUAUGGGGUGGAGAAAACCUUGAAUUUUCUUUUAGGAUCUGGCAAUGUGGCGGGAGCCUUGAAGUUCACCCAUGUUCUCAUGUGGGCCAUGUUUUCCCCCGACAAGCUCCAUACUCCCGUAGUAAGGCCCUGUCCAACAGUGUAAGAGCAGCUGAAGUAUGGUUGGAUGAAUAUAAAGAAAUAUACUACCAUCGAAACCCACAUGCACGAAAGGAACCUUAUGGAGACGUGUCAGAAAGGCUGCAGCUUAAAGAGAGACUCCAAUGCAAACAUUUUAAGUGGUUCCUGGACAACAUUUACCCAGAACUUCAUGUACCGGAAGACAAACCGGGUCGAUUUGGAAUGCUAAAAAACAAGGGCAUGGAAAAUGUUUGUUUUGACUACAACCCUCCUAAUGAAAAUGAUGUCUCAGGACAACAGAUUAUUUUGUAUCCAUGUCACGGAAUGGGCCAAAACCAGUUUUUUGAAUACACAAGCUACAAUGAAAUUCGCUACAAUACCAGGCAACCAGAAGGCUGUGCUUCAGCAGAUUUUGACAGUGACCAUCUAACAAUGUUCUUGUGUCGAGAAAAUGGUCAAGAAGUACCUGAAAAUCAAAAGUUUAUUUUCCGAGAUGAUGGUAUAUUGUUUCAUCCGAAGACAAAAAAGUGUGUGCAAGCUGUAAGGAAUAUAAAAAAUGAAGAUCCCGAACCUGUUUUACGCCCGUGCUCGGAAUCUGAUAACCAGAAAUGGUAUUUUCAGGAGAGACACUAACUUUAAAUUCACAAUAAAGAAGGACAUUCCACAUGACUGGAUUUUGGUAUAAACCGAAUAAAGGACUCUUGCCUUAAAGAUAA